UUUUUAUUGAAAACGCAUUUGCAAUGGGGGACAAAUCUACUCCCCUUCUGGCCGUCCUUCAACUUUUACGGAAAUAUAACUUAAAGGGGACCGAAGAUAUUUUGAGAAAGGAAGCCAACUUAGGCGAUGUGGAGUAUGAAAAUCUAGAUUUACCAGAGGUUGAACUUGCAAGUAUACUUACUGCCCAUCAUACUGAGAGCGAUCCAUAUAGCUAUGAGCUUGCUUAUGACAGUCUUAAAAAAUUUGUGGAAAAUUCAUUGGACUUGUAUAAGUAUGAGUUAUCCACUCUACUAUAUCCAGUAUUCAUUCACAUGUAUCUAAUACUUAUUUUAUAUGAUCAUACUGAACAUGCUUCAAAGUUUUUGGAAAAAUUUGGCCCUGAGCAAGAGGAGUACUAUCAUGAGGAUUUAAAACGGUUGUGUGCAGUUAAAAAUAAAGAUCAAGUUAAGGGCAAUGAACUUGCUGAAAUAUACAGUUCAAAUAAAUUUCAAGUUCAGCUUUCAAGAGAUGCUUCAUCACAGUUGAAAAGGUUUCUACAUGAACAAAAGAGUUCUCCAAUCAUUAUAAAUAUAAUUAAAAACCACAUACAGAUUGAUGUUUGUGAUGGAGCGGGCAGGACACAAGCCCAAGUCAGAGCAACUCUCGGGGGGCUGCUUGGAGAAGCUUCUCGAAGUGAAAACCGCACUAAGGUUUAUUAUGGACUGCUGAAAGAGCCUGAUUUACAAAUUCUACCCGCACCCAUUGAAGAUGAAGAGGAGACUGAAGAAACUCCAGACAAACCAAAAAAGAAAAAGGCUAAAAAAGAUAACAUCUUUAUGAAGAAGCCAAAAUCAGAUCCCAAUGCUCCUCCCAAUGAUAGAAUCCCUCUACCAGAUUUGAAAGAGAAUGACAAGAUUGAGAAGGGCAAAGCAUUAAGGGAAGCAGCGAAGCGCGUGCAGCUAGGCCCAGAAUGCCUGCCCUCCAUCUGCUUCUACACCCUCCUGAACAGCGGCCAGACUGCGAUCUGUGCCGACAUCUGCGAUGACUCCACACUGUUGGCUGUGGGCUUCAAUAACUCUUCCAUAAAGGUAUGGACGUUAACCACUGUAAGGCUGCGAGGCAUGAAAUCUGCUGAUAAAUUACAGGACAUUGACAGAGAAGCAGGUGACGUCCUUGUGCGGAUGAUGGAGGAAAAGGACAGAGAUACUUGCCGCACCCUUUUUGGACACUCGGGACCUGUCUACAAAGUCGUGUUCGAUCCUUUUAAGACUCUGCUCUUGUCUUGUUCUGAGGAUUCAACCAUCCGGCUGUGGUCGCUGCAGUGCUGGACGUGCAUCGUGGUGUACCGCGGCCACGUGUGGCCCGUGUGGGACGUGCGUUGGUCGCCGCACGGCCACUACUUCGCGUCGGGCGGCCACGACCGCAUCGCGCGCCUGUGGGCCACCGACCACCACCAGCCGCUACGCAUCUUCGCGGGGCACCUGUCCGACAUCGAUUGUAUCCAGUUUCAUCCUAAUUCAAAUUAUAUCGCUACGGGCUCCAGCGAUCGCACCGUGCGGCUCUGGGACUGCUUGACGGGCUCGCAAGUUCGCAUCAUGACCGGGCACAGGUCAACACCAUUCACUCUCGCAUUUUCUGCGUGCGGACGAUGGUUAGCUUCAGGAGGGGGCGCGGGUGAGAUACAAGUGUGGGACCUGUCGAGCGGCCUGCCCACUGCGGCCAUCCCGCCCGCCAACAACUCGCCGAUUCACGCCUUGGCGUUUAGUCGAGAUGGCACUAUCUUAGCAUCAGGUUCUUUGGAUUCAACAAUUAGGCUCUGGGAUUUUGCCAUCAUUACUGAUGAGAGUUUAAGUGAAGAAAAUGGAAAUGGACCAUCUUCACAAAAGGAAGAUAAAUUUCUGCUACGUUCUUAUGCAACAAAAAAUUCACCCAUUAAAAGUUUACAUUUUACGCGACGCAAUCUUCUGUUAGCUGUAGGGUCAUAUGAAGGAAGUUCGUAAAAUUUACUCAGUAUGUAACAAUUUUUAUUAUUAAAUAAAUACAAUUUAAUAGAGA